CGGCGGCCAUGGCGCGGCGCCGCCCGCCCCCGGCGGCCCUUCCGGCUGCGGCGGCCCGGCGUUGGCACGGAGGCUGCGCGACGCCCAGACGCGUCUGCGCGGGCGCUGAGGACUCGCUCACAGCGCGGUGCUGCGAGGGGCAGAAGUUCCCGAAGGCGGGUUGUGGCGAGGAGGGAUUUGGCCUCUGCUCCCAGCCGACAGACAGCCGAGGAAAUGGCCGCAAGCCGGAGCUUUAGGCGUCUGCACGAGGAGCUGCGAGCCCUGGUUUAGUGCUCGUGGUAGCAGUGGUGAUGGGGGACGGUUGGACUGGAUGAUCCUACAGGUCGCUUCCAACCUUGUGAUUCUUCUGUAUCCCUGCAGCGCUGAGCUGUUCUGCAUGACCUCAGGCUGCGGUGUCAGAUGGAUGCAAUGCGUUGGGAGGUGCUGAAGUGACCUCAGGCUGCUUUGAAUACAGCGCUGCGUGCUACAGGCUGCUGUUUUGCUUGCCUUCCUUUGGGCACAAUCACAACUCGAAGGACAAAAGAUACUAUGGAAGUUUCCUCAGAAAAAGAAAAAAAAAAAGUAACCAAACGCGCACCCAUCCUCUGGACCCCCUGCGUGGUUCUUACAUCUGUUCUGAUGGAUCCUGCUCAGGCCAUCAGCGUAAAACUCACAGAAAUGCAGGUCCUAAGGAGUGGCAGUCUGCUUGUUUCCUCCCUUUUGGUUUCAGUGCUGAGGGACUCGCCUAGAAAGCACCUGGAGAGCUGGGAUGUCCCUCAGCUUGGUCACUGAUACGCUGUGCAAAUCCCUAACCUCAGUCUUCAUUUCCCUGCCCCUCGCACACUGGUGUGUCUGUAGACUUCAAGUUCCUUUCCUUGCCCUUCUCUGCCUGCUGUCCCAUCACAAUCACAGCACAUGUCACCACCUUCCAGGCCGUUCCUGUUGUGUUCCAUCCUCUGCUGCUGGCUUCUGACCAGAGCUGCUUGCCUGAGCAGGGACAUUCCUGCCCAUCUGCUCAGCCCUGCCUGUUUUCCAGCAGACCGGUGAGGGCGUGGGAUCCUCGUGGUUUUCUGUGGCUUCUUAAGUUCUGCAUGAAGAACUUAAUGAGCAGGAUUACCCAGCAGAUUGAUCCCGGGCAGCUGGCAGAGGUGGUCAGAGCAAUUAUCCUGGCCUGGUGGUUGGUGACCCUGCACAUAGCAGGGGGUUGGAACUGGAUGUUCACUGUGGUCCUUUUCAACCCAGGCCAUUCUAGGAUUCUCUGAUCUUCAUGGCUCCCAUUUGCUGCAGUUUAGGGAGCUCCCAACCCCUGGAAAGGAAAUUCUGUCACAGGAGCCAUCGGGGUGUGAGCACACCUUACUGACAUCUCAAAGUCCCAUUCCCUUCUUCCUUCCUGGCCCAAUUUCUUGUGUGUGUUUUUAGUUCCAUGUGAAGGGAAUGGAGCAGGGACAUCCCAGCUGCAUUUUGCUGCAGCUGCUCAAUCACCGACUUAAUUGAGGAAAAACUGCAUGGCUUAAGCAAGCAGCUUGCAAGCAGCCCAGGAGGAUGCUCCCUCCUUAACAGGGGGUGAGCGCAGACCCCCAGCUCAGCCAGGCACACAGCAGGGAUGGAUCACACCGAAUCACAGAAUAACACCCAGCCUGCACCUCCUCUGGCACAACCUGGGGCCGUUACCUCUUGUCUCAGCACAGCUGGGACCAAGAAUCACCCAUGUCCAGGGGUGCAGUCCUUACAUCUCCCCCCAGCAUCAGCAUUUUCUCCAUUUAAGGUUUAGAUCACGAUGCUACAGUUCACAUCCCAGCCGAGCUCUGAGCAGCAGAGCAGCAGAGAUGGUUCGGGGCUGCGGAUUUCCCCCCCCCUCCCCCCCGGGGCGACAUUUUCUGUCGGGGGCAGCGGAAGGUUGGAAGGUUUCACCCUCCCGGCGGGUCGGGAAAUGCAGCCCGGGCUUUGGCUGCCAUCUCAUUUCCCAAACCGGGAGGCGGCUGCGAACGGAGGAGAAACCCCGGAUCCCAACAACGCAACCCGCACGGCCCCACCCGGCCCGCCGUAACGCUGCGGCUGCCGGGCCCGGAAACCGCCGCCUGUCGGGGCGGGACCGAAACCGAGACCGAGACCGAGACCGAGACCGGGCGGAGCGGGGCGGCGGAGCCGGCAGAGGGCAGCAAUGCUGCGCAAAGGGACGCAGCAUCCAUGGCACGCAGCCGGGAUGGAUGGAGCCCUGGGCCUGGGGAGCAGCAUCACCAGUGCAGUGCUGAGAAGGGACAGCAUCUCCAUCAAGUGCUGGGAUGGAUGGCAUCCAGAGCUCUGGGGAGCAGCAUCCCCACUGCAGUGCUCAAAAGGACAGCAUCCACAGCACACAGCUGGGAUUGGAUGGCAUGCAGAGUCUGGGGAGCAGCAACCCCAUCUCAGUGCUAAGAAGGGACAGUAUCUCUAUCACCGUGCUGAGAUGGAUGCCAUCAUCCUGGGGAGCAGAAUCCCCAUUGCAGUGCUGUGAAGGGACAGCAUCCACAGCACACAGCUGGGAUGGAUGGCAUCCAGAGCCCUGGGGAGCAGCAUCCCCAUCUCAGUGCUGUGAAGGACAGCAUUCCUAUCACUGUGCUGAGAUGGAUGGCAUCAUCCUGGGGAGCAGCAUCCCUGCCACAGUGCUGGGAUGGAUGGCAUCCAGUGGUCUGGGAAGCAGCAACCCCAUCUCAGUGCUGUGAAGGGACAACAUCCCUAUCAGCGUGCUGAGAAGGAUGGCAGCAUCCUGGGGAGCAGCAUCCCUGUCACAGUGCUGGGAUGGAUGGCAUCCAGAGCUCUGGGGAGCAGCAUCCCCACUGCAGUGCUGCAAAAGGACAGCAUCCACAGCACACAGCUGGGAUGGAUGGCAUGCAGAGUCUGGGGAGCAGCAACCCCAUCUCAGUGCUAAGAAGGGACAGUAUCUCUAUCACCGUGCUGAGAUGGAUGCCAUCAUCCUGGGGAGCAGCAUCCCCAUUGCAGUGCUGUGAAGGGACAGCAGACACAACACACAGCUGGGAUGGAUGGCAUCCAGAGCCCUGGGGAGCAGCAUCCCCAUCUCAGUGCUGUGAAGGACAGCAUUCCUAUCACCGUGCUGAGAUGGAUGGCAGCAUCCUGGGGAGCAGCAUCCCUAUCACACAGCUGGGAUGGAUGGCAUCCAGGGCCUGGGGAGCAGAAUCCCCACUGCAGUGCUGUGAAGGGACACCAUCCUUGUCACAGCACUGGGAUGGACGACAUCCAGAACUCUGGGGAGCAGGGUUCCCAUUGCAGUGUUGGGAUCAAUGGCAUUCAGGACCUGGGGAAUGGCAUCCUUAUAAAGACAGCAUCCAGGGCCUGGGGAGCAGAAUUCCCAUUGCAGUGCUGUGCAUUGCAUCGCACAGCUGGGAUGGAUGGCAUCAUCCUGGGGAACAGCAUCUCUAUCACAGUACUAUAAAGGAACAGCAUUCCCAUCACAGAAGUGGGAUGGAUGGCAUCCAGAGCCCUGGAGAGCAGAAUUCCCAUCACAGUGCUGUGAAGGGACAGCAUUCCCUUCACACAUCUGAGGUGGGUGGCACCCAGAGCCCUGGGGAGCAGAAUUCCAACCACAGAACUGGGAUGGAUGGCAUCCAGGCCCAGGGGAGCAGCAGCAGCUCGCAUCACCCUGGAACAGGUUACAGCCCUCCCUCCAGCAGGCUGACAGCACAGAUGCCAGCUGCCAUGCCAGCCCCCUGCCCAUUAUGCUGCAUUAACCAGGACCCCUCCAGCAGCUCUGCCAUCCCCUUCCUUGCACUCCAACUCUCAAAGCGCCUCCCAGGAGACCACGAGCCUAUCUGCAAGGUCUCUUCCUACAUCCUGAGCACUGCAAGCAGUGCUGCCACACAGUUGCCAGAUGUUUCAGCAUCUCCCCCCCUCCCCAAAUUAUUUUUGCAAGCUGUUCAGUCGCCUGUCACAGGGAGACGUCACUGGGAGGCUUGAGUUCUCUGGAAAGAGGGAGAAAAGGUGCCCAGAUCAAACACGCAGCUGCUGACAGCCAGUGCUGAUUUGGUUUUAAAGCCGUAUGUUUUGCAUCUGGCUUUCCGUGGCUUUUGUAGGUGGGCUCAGUGCAUGGUAAAUCAGGGUAACAAACCUACGUUUACCGUGAUCCUUUCAUCUCCUAGGAUCCCAAAGCACAUCAUUUAAUUGCACUCAGCCUGCACAACGUUUCGUAUUCACGUUUCGUAAAUAAAGGAAUGAUGAAUUAGCACAGCUGCUGCAGUGUUCACACGAGCUCCUAAGGCACAAUCUCCUCGUGCAAUCAAUCCAGCCCCGUGCUUCAGUGUUUUGUCAUAAAUUGAGGUCAGGAAGAAAUGUCCUCCCUACCUGGAAUGCAGUGCUGCUGAACCAGCUGAGAGGAGGAAGACACUUCAGGUUGUGGCGAUCCGUCUUCCGUAUGUGCCAGGCUGCUGCAAACAUCCAUUUGUCGGCUCUCAGGGGGCUCUGAUCCUGCACAGGGGCAGCAGGGAAGAGAUGUGGGGUCUGCAUGGAGGUUAUCUGCCUUUGCUGAUGCUCGUUGCUGUUGCAGGGCUUGCUUGGGUGCAGUGAUUCCAAGCCACGUGCUUCCUCCUCACACCUCAGCUGCAACAGCCCUUUUGCUGCAAGGAGCGUGAAGCAUUCCUUGCAGCUCCGUGCUAAAAAGGAUGCUAAUUACCCCUAAUCAUUCUGCAGCAAAAACAGAGGGCAUGGCAGCCACCUGGAGGCACGGAACCUGGUUAUUCCAGACUGACUGAUGAGAAGGGAUCACAGAAGGUAGAGAUGUUGCACCACAUUCAGGAGUCCUGCCUGGACUGAGGCUCUCCUUUGGAGCACCACCACUGCAUGGGAGAGCUGGUGGAUGUGGUCAGGUUGAAGAGUGGUCCUGAAGGGGAAAAAAGCAAAAAGCAUUCCUGGUCUCAGGGCCCGAACGGCUGCUGGGCCUUCCCCUUUCAUUCCAGUGAAAGAGACUUUCCUUUUUAUUCCUCCCAGGAUGAAAGCAGGCUCUUAGAGCCCGCAUUUCCACUGCAACAGCAGCGUGAUUUUCACCUUAUGUCCAAGACAAGAAAGCAUCUUUGUAGCCUCUCUCCACGUCAGAGUGGGACAGAACACCUGAAUAACUUUCAAAAGCUCUCCGUGAUACUGACUUAUUUUUGGCAGCUUUGUUAGAUGGGUUCACCUGGGGCUCUCAGAACCCCUCCGUGCCCCAAAGAGCCCCUCGCUGCCUGCAGGGCCCUGCAGCUCCUCCAUGUGCUGCUCCACCGCCGUCCCCAUCCCUGCUGACACACGCAGCCCCACUGCUUGGGUGAGGUUCUAAUCCUCUCUUUUCAGAGGCAGACACGCAGGCCAGCUGGAGGCAGCCCAUUAAAGUGCCAUUUACUGGGCACAAGCGAAUUUGUGUUCCCCAGGACUGGCAUUUGCCAAGAUUAUACCAUAAAUUAGAGCGUUUCCUGGAAGAAAGUAAAGAGAGAAGAAGAAAAAAAAAUAUGAUAAAAUGGAAUCUUUUGUAGCCAACGUGAAAGCCAAUAAAGGAACAUUUCAUUUUUUGCUUGGAAGGGAGCAGCAGCACGUUGUUAUGGGCAGAAGGAGAGCUGAGAUGCUCCUUCCCUUCACCUGCACGUGGGGUCAGCACCUUCUGUGCAGGGCAACACUGCAUCCCAUGGGAUGGAAAAUGCAGGGAGCAUCACUUGUGAGCACACACAACGUGUUGCAUGGGGCGUGCUGCAGGGAUGAGACCUGCUCCAAGGGCUUUCCAACCAAAAAGAGGGCACCAAAAAUGGGGACCUCAGCACUGAUCUGCUCCGGGGCGAUGGCCCACCCCAUUUCCAACCCCUAUCCCUCAGGGACACAAAGCCUGCCUGCACUAUUAAUAAUCCUUGGCAGGAAGCUGUCACAGAUUUCACUAAUAUGGAGACGUCGGAGGGAAAAAGCUACUGCACAAUAUGCAGGGGCUGUCACAAUAACUCAGCUGCUAUAUUGUUCUCUUUAAAAAUAAAUAGCACAACAGCCCAGCCUUCAUUGCUGGAGCCAUGACGUGUGAGGUUUUAUUUUUAAUCAGAAAAUGCACUGAUUUUUCAAGACAGACAGAGAACAGCAGCCGAAAUUGAGGAAGGCUCCCUGUGCACACACCAGCCCUGCUCCUCACUCCUUGUUUUUGCCACGCAGGGAUCCAGCAGCGUUUCUCUGUUCACUGGAGCACUGCUGCCUCUGCCCAUAGGGCUCUGCUGCUCUGGGCAUGGUUUCUUCCAGCAAAGCAAAGCAGAGAAGAAGCAGUGCUUUGUUGUGGGGAUCCCUGGGGCAUUGCAAGUCAAAAAUUGAGCCCCACAUUGCGAUGGUGGGGGUUUGCACUGUGAUGGUGAGCCUUGCAAUACGAUGGUGAGCCCUGCAUUGCAAUGGUGAGCCCCAUGUUGUGAUGGUGAGCCUUGCACUGUGAUGGUGAGCCCCAUCCUGCAAUGGUGAGUCCUGCAUUACAAUGGUGAGCCCCACACUGUGAUAGUGAGCCUUGCACUGCAAUGGCGAGCUCUUCAUUGCAAUGGUGAGCCCCACACCAUGAUGGUGAGCCCCAUAUUACAAUGGUGAGCCCCAUACUGUGAUGGUGAGCCCUGCAAUGUGAUACUGAGCCCUGUGCUGUGAUGGUGAGUCCUGCAUUGCAAUGGUGAGCCCCAUAUUGUGAUGGUGAGCCUUGCACUGUGAUGGUGAGCCCCAUACCAUGAUGGUGAGCCCCAUACUGCAAUGGUGAGCCCCACAUUGCAAUGGUGAGCCCCAUACUGUAAUGGCACAACGUGAUGGUGAGCCCCACAUCGCCAGGGGGCUCAGAUCCUGCAGCAUCAAGCCAAGGACCAUAAAGAAUUGGGGAGGGGGCUUCGCUGAUUGCCAAGUUUGCCAAGGGCAGAUGUGCCUGACCCACCUGGUGGCCUUCAGUGAUGGCAUGGUGGCCAAAGGAAGGGCAACUCAAGUUGUCAGGAUGCUGUUGUGCAAGGCCUUUGCACGGCCCCAAACUGCAAAAUGGGAGAGAGAAGGGGUUUGUUUGCUUGGAUGAUCACAGCUAGGGGGCUGUGGUCCGUGGCAGUCACACAGCCCCCCCCCUGGGCUGCACCUAUGGGGGGCAAUGGGCAGGGAGGGGGCUGUUCCAUCUGCUCUGCCCUUGUGAGGCCCCACCUGCAGAGCUGCAUCCAGGUCUGGGGUCCCAACACAGGAGGGAUGUGGGGCUGUGGGAAUGGGAGCAAAAGAUGCUCAGUGUGCAGAAGCACCUCUGCUAUGGAGACGUGUUGAUGGAGCUGGGGGUGUUUGGCUCUGGGGAGACCUCAUUGCAGCCUUCCAGCACUGGGGGGGGGAGCGACUUUUUACCAUCUGAUAGUGAUAGGGUGAGGGAGAAUGGCUUCAAACUAACAGAGGGGAGACAGAGGUUAGAUGUGAGGAAGAAAUCCUUUACCCAGAGGCGAUGAGGCCCCAGCAGUGCUGCCCAGAGCUGUGGGUGCCCAACCCUGGAGGUGCCCCAUGCAAGGACAGGCUGGGGAGCCUGAAUUGGGGGGGGUGGGGGUAACCAGGGUGGA